CUCAGUAAAGUAAAACUUGAAAAAAAGGGGGGGAAAGGAAAAGGAGAAAAAGGGAAGGGAAAUGGAGACGACUCCACCACCGAGCGAACCAAGGAAGCGUGGCAGGCCGAAGGGAUCCACCAAGGCAAAAGCCGACAAGGACAAAGAGCCCGGCGGCGGCGGAGCUUCCUCCAAAAUGAGAGGUUCUGGGGGCGAGAGGAGGAACACAGCUACUGACGAGAGUUACGCGCACUGGAAGCAGCUAGUGCCCGUGCUUUACGACUGGCUUGCUUCUCAUAACUUGGUUUGGCCGUCUCUCUCUUGUCGUUGGGGUCCAGUUCUUGAGAGAGGAACUUACAAGAACAAACAACGGCUUUACCUUUCUGAGCAGACUGAUCAUACUCAGCCAAACACUUUGAUUAUAGCAAAUUGCGAGGUUGUCAAGCCGCGGGUUGCUGCAGAAAAUCAUAUUGCUAAUUUCAAUGAAGAUGCUCGUUCGCCAUAUGUCAAGAAGUACAAAACUAUCUUACACCCAGGAGAGGUCAACAGAAUCAGGGAAUUGCCUCAGAAUAAGAAUAUAGUGGCAACACACACCGACUGUCCUGAAGUUCUUAUUUGGGAUGUUGAGGCACAACCCAACCGACAUGCUCUUCUUGGAGCUGCAGAUUCUCGUCCAGAUUUGGUUUUAACUGGACACCAAGAUAAUGCAGAAUUUGCCCUUGCAAUGUGCCCAGCUGAACCUUUUGUGCUUUCUGGAGGGAAGGAUAAAUCUGUGGUUUUAUGGAGUAUUCAGGAUCAUGUUUCAACACUGGCUGCAGAUACAACGCAAUCUGCAGAAGCUGCUAGUUCAAUUGUAAAAGCUGCUGAUAAUUCUACUGUUGGCCCACGUGGAGUUUUUGAAGGCCACAGUGAUACUGUUGAGGAUGUGCAAUUUUGCCCAUCAAGUUCACAGCAAUUUUGUAGUGUUGGAGAUGAUUCUUGCUUGAUACUAUGGGAUGCCAGGAUCGGAAACAAUCCAGUUGUAAAGGUUGAAAAGGCACAUAACGCGGAUCUUCAUUGUGUAGAUUGGAAUUCUCAUGAUGAAAAUUAUAUUUUGACUGGUUCUGCGGAUCAUACAGUCUGCAUGUUUGAUCGCCGGAAUCUAACCUCCAAUGGAGUUGGAUUGCCUGUCCAUAAAUUUGAAGGUCAUAAGGCUGCGGUUCUCUGUGUCCAGUGGUCUCCUGACAAGCGCUCUGUGUUUGGGAGCUCAGCAGAAGAUGGUUUGUUGAACAUCUGGGACUAUGAGAAGAUUGGGCAGAAGGAAGAAAUGGGGUCCAAGUCUCCUAGUACUCCAGCAGGGUUGUUUUUCCAACAUGCUGGGCACAGGGAUAAGGUUGUCGACUUCCACUGGAAUGCAUAUGAUCCAUGGACAAUCGUUAGUGUCUCCGAUGAUGGAGAAUUUUCUGGUGGCGGUGGUACCUUGCAGCUUUGGCGUAUGACUGACCUGUUAUACAGGCCAAAGGAGGAAGUUUUGGCUGAGCUUCAAAAAUUCAAAGACCAUGUGAUUGAGUGCUCCAAGACUUCUUGACUAAAUCAUGGUUCAGGUCUCAUUUGCAUGAAAUUAUUGCGCCUAUCGUUAAUUUACUGGUGUGGCAUAGAAGUUGUUAGAUGAUGAUGAGGUAGGAAGGAACUUGUUUCUGUUUAAUGUACUGAAAGAGGAGUUGGUUAGUUGAGGCAGGAAUUAUUGAUGUGUGCUGUAGUAGUUGCGUGAAACGUGUUGAAUGAGGUAGGAAGGGCGGGAUGAAUACUGAGGUAACAUGUUGCUUCGUGAUGGUUUACCUAACUAGUUGUGAUGCUGAAAAACCUGGAUUUGCUUUGAUUUGAUUCAGCCAUCUCUCAAGACAUUUCACAUUA